AUGGAAGCUAAUGAAAUUUCUUUACCACUUCAAACAGAUCAACAAGUAAAGAAAAAGAAACCUGUUGAAAUUCAUAAUUAUCCUAAAGAAUUCAUUAUUCAAUAUUCUGAUAGUAAGCAAAGUUAUAUUUACUAUGAUAUUAUUAAAAAAGAAAACUAUACACAUACUACUUAUCUCAAAUAUAUAAAAGGUCAAAAAGUUUAUUGGAUAUAUUAUAGAGAUAAAUUUCAAUAUCAUAUAAAGUCAGAAAAAUUAAGCUUAAAUGCAGCAUGUUUAUAUACUAAAAAUAAUCGAGCUAAAAAAAUUGCAAAGUCUAUAUCUACAAUAUUUGAUCAAGUAAAGGUAAAAGAUUGUCAUUCAGAUGAUAAUCUUAGUUUAAAAUCUAUUGAAUUUGAUAUUAGAAAUAAUUUUUUUUACCUUAGUGUUAAUAAGGAAAAUAUUAAAGAAAUAAAGUAUAAAGCAAAAGCUGCCGUUCAAGCAUGUGAUAAAGGUCAAGUAUCAUGCGAAGGAUAUCGAAUUUUAGCUUCAAUUAGUCAAGAUUUAUCACAUGUAAUAAAUCCAAAAAUACAUUUACGAAUCUCUGAUGAUGGGAGAAAUGUUAGACAGAAGGUUAAACAGGUUAUGAUUACUUGCUCAAUUCUUGAUGAUAUUGAUAAUCUGUAUCAGCCUGAAAAUCAUUAUACUAUAGUCCUCUAUCCUGGUGUUAAAAAAUAUGAAACUUUAAAUAAUAUUUUAAAAUCACUAGCUAUGAAAUUAAGAAAAUUAAAAGAAGAAGGGUUUAAAGAUAAUCAGAAUAUAAAGUGGAAGGUUGAACUUUAUUUCUCUUCAGAUUGGAAAUUUCUUGCAAUGUGUUUAGGAUUAAAUGCAGCAAAUAGUAUUACAGAUAUUCUUUGGCGAUUAGUAUUUGAUAAACUCAGAUCUAGAAAUACUUGGAAAGAAAAAGCAAGAAAUGUAAUAAUUGAAGAAAUGAAACGAAUUGAUGUUAAAUUUUAUUUUUGGCUUGAGGUAGAAUCAAUUAACUGUUUAUGGGAUAAAUUUUAUUUACUUCAUAAAGCAAUAAAAGAUUCUAAAACUGAUGCAACGCAAUUUUCUAAUGAUGCUUGUGCAUGGCUGUAUCAAUUCUUAGAUUUUAAUUACUUAUAUCAGGCAAGUGAUAUCAUACCUUACAUGCAUAUAUUAGUGUACCAUAUUUCAGAAAUGAUGCGUAUUCAUUAUAAUUUUGGAACAACAAAGGAUGGUGGUACUGGAAAAGAAUGA